AUGGGCAAAGAAGAGAACCUCUCCUUCGUGCUCGAAAAAGCAAACAGCGUCAAAUUCGAAGACCGACCGAUCCCCAGCCUGAAGUCCCCCUACGACGUCCUCGUCAAUGUCAAAUACACCGGAAUCUGCGGCAGCGAUGUGCACUACUGGGUGCACGGCGCCAUCGGCCAUUUCGUCGUCAAAGCGCCCAUGGUGCUAGGCCACGAAUCCAGCGGGAUCGUGACCGCCGUGGGUGACGGGGUGCGCACACUCAAGGUCGGAGACCGCGUGGCGAUGGAGCCGGGGGUACCGUGCCGUCGCUGCGUGCGAUGCAAGGACGGGAAGUACAAUUUGUGUCCGGAUAUGGCGUUUGCGGCGACGCCCCCGUUUGAUGGCACGCUGGCGAAAUUCUAUGCGCUGCCGGAGGAUUUCUGUUAUAAGCUCCCGGAGCAGGUCUCGUUGGAAGAGGGCGCAUUGGUGGAGCCGUUGGCGGUGGCGGUACAUAUCUCCCGGCAGGCGGCAGUCUUCCCUGGCGCGAGCGUGGUCGUGUUUGGCGCGGGACCGAUCGGUCUGCUGUGCUGCGCCGUCGCGAGGGCAUUCGGCGCUACUAAGACUGCAGUCGUGGACAUCAACGAAGGGAGACUUGACUUCGCUGUCAAGUAUGCAGCGACGCACAAGAUUGUCGCCAAGAGAGAGUCAUCAGAGGAUGCUGCGGCGCGGAUCAUUUCAGAAGCCGACCUGGGCAACGGUGCGGAUAUCGCCAUCGAUGCAAGUGGCGCAGAACCUUGCAUUCAAGCGGCGAUUCAUGUCCUCCGUGUCGGUGGCACAUACGUGCAGGGUGGCAUGGGCAAGGCCGAUAUUAUCUUCCCGGUCACUGCCAUGUGCACCAAAGAGUUGAACGUCAAGGGAAGCUUUCGUUACGGAAGCGGCGAUUACAAGCUCGCGGUGGAUCUGAUCCACAGUGGUCGGGUCAAUGUCAAAGAAUUGAUCACUGGACAGGUCAAAUUCCGAGAUGCUGAGAAGGCCUUUAAUGAAGUCAAGGCUGCCAAGGGCAUCAAAAUCCUGAUUGAGGGUGUCGAGGAGUAG